CCUGAAGCUUAGAGACUGGUUAGUUAUAUUCUACUCAGUUACGGUGGACUGUAUUUUCCAGCAUAUAUUGUUACAGACUGAAGACUGAGAGGAAACACAUCCCGGCUUUUCUUCUUGGAUCUCUAUGCUUUGGAUCUAGGAAUUUGAGGCCCCUUUGGGGUGGUGGGGGGGUUUAACCCACAAGAAUUAGAUUUAAACAAACCCCCCCGCCUAAGACUCAAAGUCUAUUUUUAAACCCAUUAACUUUUCACAAAACUUCUCACAUACAGAUCCAAAAUAGACCAUCUAGCUUUGCAUGCGACAUUAGCACUGCCAGAGCAUUUCACAGACUACCCAGCGUUCAUUUUCACCCUCGGGUCUCCAGGCGGUUUAAACACCCCUGACAAGCCGGGGAACGAGCGCUGCUCAGCGGCCACCGGACACCGCCAGGCCUCCCCCGGGUUGGUGUACUUCUGAUCGGUGGUCCUCCGCGGUCUUGAUUUGGCGAUCGGAUUUCUCCUACACCCUGAGCCCCGUCGCGCGCCAUGCCCGGCCCGGUGGCCGGUAGUAAAUCUCGGGUGUAUGCCGAUGUCAACACUUUGAAGAGCAGGGAAUACUGGGACUACGAGGCCCAUGUGCCCACCUGGAGUAACCAGGAGGAUUACCAGCUGGUACGGAAGCUCGGGAGGGGCAAAUACAGCGAAGUCUUCGAAGCCAUCAACAUCAACAAUAAUGAGAAGGUGGUGGUCAAAAUCCUCAAGCCUGUCAAGAAAAAGAAGAUCAAGAGAGAGAUCAAGAUCCUGGAGAACUUACGAGGAGGAACCAACAUCAUUCAGCUAAUGGACACAGUAAAGGACCCUGUGUCUCGAACACCUGCGCUUGUCUUUGAAUGCAUCAAUAACACAGAUUUUAAGGAGCUGUAUCAAAAGUUAACAGAUUAUGAUAUACGUUUUUACAUGUUUGAACUACUAAAGGCUCUUGACUACUGCCACAGUAUGGGGAUCAUGCACCGUGAUGUCAAACCCCACAAUGUUAUGAUCGACCACCAGUUAAGGAAGCUGAGAUUGAUAGACUGGGGUCUCGCUGAGUUCUAUCACCCCGCACAAGAGUACAAUGUCAGAGUGGCUUCACGCUAUUUCAAGGGUCCAGAACUGUUGGUGGACUAUCAGAUGUAUGAUUACAGUCUGGACAUGUGGAGUCUCGGCUGCAUGCUGGCCAGUAUGAUCUUUCAGAAAGAGCCCUUCUUUCAUGGCCAGGACAACUACGAUCAGUUGGUGCGGAUUGCAAAAGUUCUUGGAACAGAUGAGUUAUUCGGCUACCUGCGCAAAUACCACAUUGAACUGGAUCCACGAUUCAAAGACCUGCUUGGCCAGCAGACGCGGAAGCGCUGGGAACAGUUUGUGCAGACGGAGAACCAGCAUUUGGUGAGCCCAGAGGCUCUGGACCUUCUUGACAAGCUGCUACGCUAUGACCAUCAGCAGAGACUGACCGCCACCGAGGCCAUGGAGCACCCUUAUUUCUAUCCAGUGAUGAAGGAGCAGUCUCACACUAAUACAGAUGGCACCAUAGUGUCAAGUGGAACCAACACACCCCGAUGAGAGCAGGAACCAGAUAAGGAAGGCGUUUGUUACCUCAAUUUUUUAUCCCUUGUGUCUGAAACCUCUUCAAGUGUACAGUGAAAGUUGGAUCUAAGCAGCACCUGUUACACCUCGUCUCUCAGACACACACACACAUGCACACUCGCAUACACUCACACCGACAGACAUUUCCGCUUUCCUGUGUCUGUCAAGGUUGGUCUGCCCCUCUAUAACAGGUCUGUUCCUCUAGCUUGAAGAUUUCAAAGCUUUCCCUCCCAGGUUUUAGAUGAAAGGAGUAUAUCCUUGACUCCACCCCCAAGUACACUGGCCCCUCCCACCUUAAACUAGGCAUGGAGAAUGAAGACCAGAAUGAACCCCGCUCCCUCUCUCCUUAUUGGUCUGUGUGUACAUCUGUUCAGUAUUCAGACCUUGGCGCAGCCUCCACAUACUGUAGUAAUAAAGUGGCAUGGUGGACCUUUAUUUCUUUGCCCUAGGUAGAUUGAUUACUAUAUUAAUGAAAAUAAAUGAUUUUUAUUUAGAUUUA